GUAACGUCAUCUUCCUGUUUAUAUUUUUGGAAAGUCAAUAACAAAUUAAGACGUUUUAUGUGCAACGACAGCUUAUAUAAAUAAUAUUAUCGGGGAUAUUUUGUAAGAUUAAGAUACUUUAUUCACAGGCACAAAUCAAAAACGUUAAAAAUAAUUUGCAUCUUAAUUUCAGUGUCAACUGGUUUUUUAUUAGCAACAACUAAUCAAGGUUUUUAUUAGCAACAAAUAAUCAAGGUUUCCGACGUUGUCAGUGUUAAAAAAUGGAGUUGCCAGUUCAGUUGGUUAUUAAAGCUCCAAGUCAAAGGAUUGGGGAUCAAACUGUUGACUGUAUGCUUGACUGGACAGUGAGAAAACUGAAGCAACACCUCACAAAUGUGUAUCCUAGUAAACCGAAUGAGACACACCAGAAAUUGAUAUACUCUGGAAAACUUCUUCAGGACCAUUUAACUUUGAAAGAAGUCCUUAGACAGUUUGAUGACGGAAGCACAAAACAUACAGUGCAUUUAGUGUGUUCAACUUCACCUGGACAUGAGAACAGAUCAUCUGCUUUUUCUACCAACUUUGAAUCUCAAACACAUUCUAGACAGAGUAGUUCUAGCUCCACCGACAGUUCACCAGAUGUUGAAGGUUUACGACAUAGGGGCCAUAGAAAUCCAUCACCUAGUAAUUCACAAUACAGUUCAACAAAUAACCAAAAUGUGUUCAAUCCUUACAGUCCUCAGAUGCCUGCAAUGAAUCAGUUCCCAGCAAACAUGAACCAGUUUGGAGGGGGAUUUCCAGCAGAGGCGGCCAUGUUUGCUGGUAUGGUGCCAGGUAGUGGAGCUGCAUAUAGCCCGGAACAGUACAUGUGGAUGCAGCAGAUGUAUGCCCAGUACAUGACCCAGUACAUGCAGUACUAUCAGCAAGGCUAUCAAGUGCCACCAAAUACUCCAGUAACGCCAGCUGCAGGUCAGACUGUGCCCCAGCAACAGAAUGCGCAAGAAAACGGGAACCAGGCACAAGAUAAUGCUGAAGAUAUGGACGAUUUAGAUGAAGAGUUUCGACAGCGGGACUGGCUAGAUUACCUUUAUACAUUUAGUAGAUUUAUGGUGCUACUGGGAAUCGUUUAUUUCUACUCGAAUCUUACAAGAUUUCUUAUGGUGGCAGCAUUUUUUCUGGUUGUAUAUGCGUACCAGAUGGGCUGGUUUUUGUUGAGAAGGCGACAAAGGCCUCACAGACCCGAUGAACAGAAUGGAAAUAAUCAGCAAAAUGAGGCAAAUAUACAAGAUAAUCAACAAGAGCAGCAGCAACAACAACAACAACAACAACAACAACAAAAUAAUACAGAACAGAAUAAUGAUGAAAAUUCAGAUCAAGUAAAUCCGACAGAAACCACAGCUGCACCAGAAACACCACGUGAGCCAGGGGUGUUUCAAGUCUCGUGGACAUUUGUCUCAACAUUUUUUACAUCACUGUUCCCAUCCCCACCACCAGCAGUUAAUGUGAACUGAUUCCUAUAUGAUUAUACUUGCCGAAGCUAUUGGAAUUCACAUGAUGCAAUUGUGUUUCUUGUUAAGAAAGCUCAUCAUCAUGUUGGAGGAAAGAAGUUCACAAAUAAUGAGAAAUUGUGCCUAUUUCCUUGCUUUGUGGAGAAAGUGCAGACAUAAUAGUUCUUCAAUAAUAUUUGAGGUUCUUAGCGAUCUCUUCAAGUCUUCAUUUGAUAUAAUCCAGAUUUUCCGGUAAUGGAGAAAAGGUUUUAGAACCAUGCAUUAAAAUUUCGGAUGGACAUGUAUACAAUAUAUGUUAUGGUAUACAAUCGGUUGGUUACAUGGUAUCACGGUGAUGUAUUUUUUUCUACUUUUUGAAACACACAUAUUACUAGAGAAUACAUUAACAUAAAAUACAGUGAUGUUUUAUCAUUAAAAGUAGCAUUAUACCAAUAUUUAAGUUACGGAGAGGGUUUAAAACCAAGUGUUUAACCUUUAGCCUGCUGCCAACAAGUGAUUUUGCCUUUGCGAUCCGUGCAGACCAAGGUGAGCCUGCACAUCCAUGCAAACUGAUCAUGGUCUGCACUGCUAUUCAGUCAGUACAUUUUUAGUGAACACACCAUGGACUAACAAAUGGUACUGCUUAAAUUGAAUGAUGGACCAGUCCAUUUUAGAAAUUUAGCAGGGUAAAGAUUAAGAUACAGUGUGCUACUAUUGAAGCAUUAGCUCUACUGAGGCAAAUGGACUAUCUCCCAUGAAAGCGACAUGUUGUUUUCAUUCUUCCAUCAAAUAUUUGUUCCCUGGUUACGGAUUAUGUACAAGUUUUGUUUAUUUUGUGCUAUUGUGUGAGAGAUUUCAGCGAAGCUGUGAUAAUCAACUGUGAUGUUAGUGCUGGAAAACUAACGUCUUCUUAAGAAAUCAUAUAUGAUACACUACAGCAAGCAAUGGAGUGACCUUGUUCCUUAUAUUUUAUUUGCUGACUUCCAUGUUGCUUAGGAAUGUAUAUGAAGUUACUUUUGCAUUUUAAGCAACUUAAGCAUGUAGUCAUCUUCAGCAGAACUUUUCGUCUUUACGAAGUUGUUGUGCUCUGUAUGCCAGUAGAUAAACUAUAAUUUAUAUAAACAUAGUAUUUUGUAUAGAGCUGUUGAAUAUAACUUUGCAUACAUUUUACAUAUGUUGUAAAUACCCAUUUAUCAUUUUGAUACAUGAACAAGUUUAAGUGAGAUUGUGUUUAAAGGCUCAGUGUUAUGAUGUAAUUUGCUUGUUAAAACUUUUAAUUGUUGAAAUCAUGUUCCGUGGGAUUUUAUCGUCUUGGAUAUGCUAUGUGUUGCAGGCAGUGAUGUAGGUUGUAAUUCUGAACAAAGUCUACAAAAAGCUAUUUAAUGUCGGAAUAUUCUGCUUAAAGAUGGUUCUUCUAGAGAAUAUGUUGGACCUUCCCUGGAUUAUUCUGACCUGGUGCAAGUUUAACAAACAUUUUCAUUGUUAAGAAAAAAAAUUUGUAUUAUAAAUGUUGUUUAUGUAGUUUUUAGUUUUGUUUACUAUCAAAGUUGAUAGGUUUUAGACAAGUUAAGACCAGACUGAAAGGAUUUUUUUUUCUUUAUUUUUGAGUUUCAUAAAGUCGUAUUUUAUUAGUUUCUUUUGAUGAAGAGUUUUUUGUUACUAGUUUUGACCCUUGUUAUUGUUUAAAGAAGCAAAAUAUUAAUUGUUAAAAUAUUUAAAAGCUUUAUGUUUCUCGAUAUAUUUUUGUUUUUAAAUAAAGUAGAAUUUCUAUACCCAAGAUUUAAGAAGCUUGUCUUUUGCGUUACUGGUAUUAGAAUUAUCUUUAUUGUAAAAUGACCUGCAAUUGUACCUGAAUGAUUACAUAUUUUAAAAGCACUUAUUUUUGCAGGGUCAAAAUUUAACAAAAUUUAAAUUUUGAGUAUGUUUGUGAGGUUUAAUUUUUGCGAAAUUAUAAAUUGCUAUCUCCCUUUAAUUUGAAUUAUACUAAUGAUGAAUUCAGAAUAUUUACGUGAGGAUUAAUUUUCGCGAUAUGUCAGUCCUUGGGGAAUAUA